UACUCUCCCAGCAUCUCCAGCCUGUACAACGCAUUCAAAGUGAUACGCAGCCAGCCGCGGACGCAGGCGGCGCGCCCUCUGCCGCGCCCGCUUCGCUCGCUUAACAGCCGCGACGAGAGCCGCAGCGGGCAGGAGGAGGGCGAGGGGCUCCUCUCAGAGGCGGCCGGUGCGUCGCCGGCGCAGGGCGAGCGGGGACACGGCCAGGCCCCGCCGCCGCAGGCGCCAUCGUCGUUGGCUUGA